AUGGAGAAAAAGAUAGUGCGCAAAGGGCCGCUGCCUGGAAGUCGCCAGGGCGCGUCUGGAGCUGGCGCUGGACGCGACAGCAUGCGGGCUGCCAGCCGAGCGCGGGGUGUUGCAAGUCCACCUAGCAGCCCCCCGCAUCCAUCAUCCCCCCCAGAAGGCUUGGUGUCGGCUGGGUCUUCUCGGACUCAGCAAGCGGCACCCGCCGCUGGUGGAGCACGUCGCAUGCGUUGGUCUAAAUCAAUGAAUGAAAACGCACUGCGGGCGUAUUUUAGGGCAAAAGGGGAAGAAACUGGAUGUUUGGCGUAUCGGGCUCGGAUGCAUCGCUUUUUUGCAGAGCUGGAGCCAUCUCUAUCCGUCACUGAGCAAAACCUGGCAGACCGAGUUAGGUACAUCCUGCGCUCCAACAUAUUUGGUGACGCCGAACUCGAGCGACUACGACGUGAGGCUAUUCCUUCAUCGAAUGAAAAUGCUACGGCUGGAAAUGCGGCGCCACUAGAUGCGCAACAAACUGCAUAUGUGGAUGCUGCCGUCAACAUUCCAUUUGUGGCUAAUUCAGACGAUGAUGGAAUAGUCUCCCACGAACUAGAGAAAAUGAGGAGCAUAUUGGAAGAGUCGAUGCUGGAAACGCGCAGCAUGCCUCUCGAAAAUCGACCGCGACUUCCCCCGCAUACCCCUUAG